UUAGGGCUUUUCUAGGGUAAGAAUGAGCGGGAGUGGCAUUGGCGCUGGCUCCGCCAAGACGCCCACGGAUUUCCUGCGCUCGAUCAAGGGCCGCCCGGUGGUCGUCAAGCUCAAUUCCGGCGUCGAUUAUCGAGGGAUUCUGGCGUGCCUGGAUGGGUACAUGAACAUCGCCAUGGAGCAGACCGAGGAGUACGUCAAUGGGCAGCUCAAGAACAAGUAUGGCGACGCUUUCAUCCGUGGGAACAAUGUUUUGUAUAUCAGUACCUCAAAGAAGGUGAUUUCUUAAGAGAGACGAUGAUGCAUAGAAUUCUUUUUUCUCGCUCC